GGCGGCCGCGGCCCACGGGCGACGGUGAGGGGCGGCCGGGGUAGGCCGCCUGCAGCUCCUCGGGGUCGCAGACCGCGGCCCCACGCGGGCUUUACGGCCGAGGUGGCGGCAGCCGCGCGUGUGUAGCGGCGGCGGCGGGCGGGAGCGCGGAGGAGGUGGAAAGAAGGGGGGCGCUGUAACGGAGAUUCAGGCCGCCGGAGACCCCGCCGCAGCGAGGCCACUGGGAUCCCCGGCCGCGGGGCGUGAACGGCGCCGACCCGGGGCGCCGGGGGGACCAACCGGGCGGAGGAGGGGGCCUAUCUACCCUUCCGCAUUUUCCUGGGUCUCUCUCCCGGGCGGUGACGUGACGUGCUGACGGCGGGCCCGUGCCGGGGAGCUGGGCCGCUUUUUGUCAGCUUCGAGCUCGGCCCCUCCUCCCUCCCUCCGCCCGCCCCACCAGCCGGAGCCCGGCCCAGUGCUCCAGAGAAAGGCCGGCCUGCAGCACCCGCCACCGUCGGCGACCGCCUGCACGCCCGUCCGAACACUGAUCAGCUUUGGCUAAUGGUGGUGCGGGGAUUGAACCUCGGUCUCUGGAGCCUCAGGAGUUGUGACUGAUGAGAAUUAAAGGCCAUGGAUGAAGAUGGACUUGAAUUGCAACCACAAGAGCCACACUCAUUUUUUGACACAGGAGCUGAUGUUACACACAUGGAUGGUGAUCAGAUUGUUGUGGAAGUACAAGAAACUGUUUUUGUUUCAGAUGUUGUGGAUUCAGACAUAACUGUGCAUAACUUUGUUCCUGAUGAUCCUGACUCAGUUGUAAUCCAAGAUGUUAUUGAGGACGUUGUUAUAGAAGAUGUUCAGUGCACAGAUAUCAUGGAAGAAUCUGAUGUUUCUGAAACAGUCAUCAUUCCUGAACAAGUGUUGGACUCAGAUGUAACUGAAGAAGUUUCUUUAACACACUGCACAGUCCCAGACGAUGUGUUAGCUUCUGACAUUACUUCAGCCUCAAUGUCUAUGCCAGAACACGUCUUGACAAGUGAAUCAAUACACGUGUCUGACGUUGAGCACGUGGUUCAUGAUAGUGUAGUGGAAGCAGAAAUCGUCACUGACCCUCUGACAAGCGAUGUAGUUUCAGAAGAGGUGCUGGUAGCAGAUUGUGCCUCUGAAGCAGUCAUAGAUGCCAAUGGGAUCCCUGUGGACCAGCAAGAUGAUGACAAAAGCAACUGUGAGGACUAUCUUAUGAUUUCCUUGGACGAUGCUGGCAAAAUAGAGCACGAUGGUUCCUCUGAAAUGACUAUGGACGCAGAGUCAGAAAUUGAUCCCUGUAAAGUGGAUGGCACUUGCCCUGAAGUCAUCAAGGUGUAUAUUUUUAAAGCUGACCCUGGAGAAGAUGACUUAGGUGGCACUGUGGACAUUGUGGAGAGUGAGCCUGAGAAUGAUCAUGGAGUUGAGUUACUUGAUCAGAAUAGCAGUAUUCGUGUGCCAAGGGAAAAGAUGGUUUAUAUGACUGUCAACGACUCUCAGCAAGAAGAUGAAGAUUUAAAUGUCGCUGAAAUUGCUGAUGAAGUUUAUAUGGAAGUGAUUGUAGGGGAGGAGGAUGCUGCUGCCGCAGCCGCUGCAGCCGCUGCAGCGCACGAACAGCAAAUAGAUGACAAUGAAAUCAAAACUUUCAUGCCAAUAGCGUGGGCAGCAGCUUACGGUAAUAAUUCUGAUGGAAUUGAAAACCGGAAUGGCACUGCAAGUGCCCUCUUGCACAUAGAUGAGUCUGCUGGGCUUGGCAGACUGGCUAAACAAAAACCAAAGAAAAGGAGAAGACCUGAUUCCAGGCAGUACCAAACAGCUAUAAUUAUUGGCCCUGAUGGACAUCCCUUGACUGUCUAUCCUUGCAUGAUUUGUGGGAAAAAAUUUAAGUCAAGAGGCUUUUUGAAGAGGCACAUGAAAAACCAUCCUGAACACCUAACCAAGAAGAAGUACCGCUGUACUGACUGUGAUUACACUACCAACAAGAAGAUAAGUUUACAUAACCACCUGGAAAGUCACAAGCUCACCAGCAAGACGGAGAAGGCCAUUGAGUGCGAUGAAUGUGGGAAGCAUUUUUCUCAUGCUGGGGCUUUGUUUACUCACAAAAUGGUGCAUAAAGAAAAAGGAACCAACAAAAUGCACAAGUGUAAAUUUUGUGAAUAUGAGACAGCUGAACAAGGGUUGUUGAAUCGCCACCUUUUGGCAGUGCACAGCAAGAACUUUCCACAUAUUUGUGUGGAGUGCGGUAAAGGUUUUCGUCACCCAUCAGAGCUCAAAAAACAUAUGCGAAUCCAUACUGGGGAAAAACCAUACCAGUGCCAGUACUGCGAAUAUAGGUCUGCAGACUCUUCUAACUUGAAAACGCAUGUAAAAACUAAGCAUAGUAAAGAGAUGCCAUUCAAGUGUGACAUUUGUCUUCUGACUUUCUCAGAUACCAAAGAGGUGCAGCAACAUGCUCUUAUCCAUCAAGAAAGCAAAACACACCAGUGUUUGCACUGCGACCACAAGAGUUCGAACUCAAGUGAUUUGAAACGACACAUAAUUUCAGUUCAUACCAAGGACUAUCCCCAUAAGUGUGACAUGUGUGAUAAAGGCUUUCACAGGCCUUCAGAACUCAAGAAACAUGUGGCUGCCCACAAGGGUAAAAAAAUGCACCAAUGUAGACAUUGUGACUUCAAGAUUGCAGAUCCGUUUGUUUUAAGUCGCCAUAUUCUCUCAGUUCACACAAAGGAUCUGCCAUUUAGAUGUAAGAGAUGCAGAAAGGGAUUUAGGCAGCAAAAUGAGCUUAAAAAGCAUAUGAAGACACACAGUGGCAGAAAAGUUUAUCAGUGUGAGUACUGUGAGUAUAGCACUACGGAUGCCUCAGGCUUUAAACGGCACGUAAUUUCCAUUCAUACAAAAGACUAUCCUCACCGAUGUGAGUACUGCAAGAAAGGGUUCCGAAGACCUUCUGAAAAGAACCAACACAUAAUGCGGCAUCAUAAAGAAGUUGGCCUGCCCUAAUAGUACUUCCACAAACAUUUGUAGAGACAUUGGCUUUGAAACAGAAAAGUCAUUUCAAAGCCAGUCUCAUUCACAUACAAUACUGUAUAUUGAUUUAUGCUGUGUACAAAUAGAGUUAUUGCUUCUAGUUGACUUUUUUUUUUACAUUUUGUUCAGUAGCGUGUUCUGAAUUCUAUUCAGUUUGUUUAAUAAUUGGGGAAAAGCAGCAACAAGCAAGUUGCUUUUAAUAAAGUAAUCCCUUGUUCUAUAUUGAAUUUUUCUAUCUUAGAAGUUUUAUAUUUAUUUAAAUAUAUUUACCUUGCUUACCUUGUUGGUACUCUUCUAAGACCAUUUAACUUAAAGUUAAGGUAAUUUUAGAUUGGUAACUCUGGAAGUAUUCAUGUGGACUCAUUUCCCCCCAUAAAUUUCUCACAACAAAAUUGUCAGAGGCAUCUACUAAUAUUAUUGGGAGAUUUUACAGUCAGAUCUAACUAUCCUAACAUGGAAGUAAGUCAUAUACUUAUCUUACUAUUUUCAGGCCACAUGACAGUAAAAGUUCACACUCGCUCUUUGUGUUCUUUGGCUUAGCUGAGUAAAGAGCAGUGUUUGGGGCCCUGUAUACUUCUCAUUUUGUUUUGCAGACAAAAUAUGCUUUUUUGUUGUUUGUUUCUUUGGAGUAUUUACACCUCUUGUCAGCAUAGCAAACUUCUAGACAACUUUAUUGAAAUUUUUUGCUUGAUCUUGUUGUAAUUUGAUUAUUCUGUCUGUGCUGCUUUGUCUUGGAAUGGUUGUGUGCUGCAAAUGAGACUUAUUGAGGACUGCAUUUCAGAAUAUCCUAGAGGUAAUUUGUGGCUCAUAGGAUCUCUUGCAACUUUAUAUAUGUAAAUGUACCCUGGAUUAUCUAUAUGCACAUAUAUAUAUAACAUGUAUCUGUGUGUAUUGCUUAUUUUACAUAUUUAUACACACAACUCCAAGUAGUAGUUGUUUAAAAUCUAUAAUGAAAAGUAUUAAAUUUACAGUAACAUGAAAGAUGCAGGGAUGCAUGAGAGAGCAUUUUGUAAGUUAUGCUCUUCAGAGAGACUACUCAGGUGAAGAAUUAGAAGGAAAAUAAGGACACUAGUAUUUUUAAAGAGUAAAGGUAUUUUCUUUUAAAUAUCUUUGGUAAUUGAAAAAUAGAAGUUAAGAUGUUACUAGUUAGAAUGUUUUCAUACAACUUCAGCUCCAUGCCUUUAUAUUUUUCUGAAAAGCUAAUGAGUAUCAAUUGGCAUAACUCCCUCAAGUUCUCUGAGAAGCCAAUGAGGGAAUUUUCUAUUACCAAGUGAGGGGGUCUGAGGAAGAAAAGACUCCAUGUACCAGAUUGGGUGCUAAUUACGUCCUACACCUGGCAAGUUCAGCCUACUCUGUUACUUCUUAGUUCCAGUUAGCAAACCUUAAAAACUGUUUUAACGCUCAAGUUGGCUUUGAUUAGAAGAUAAAGGUGUGUUUUAAGUGCAUGAGGAAAAUCUGAGGCCUUAUUUUGGAACAUUACUAAGUCUUUCAGUUUUGUUUUUCUUCAAGAGUUAACUUUGGUUUUUUGUUUGUUUUUGUUUUGGUAAAUAAUUCUGAAUCAGAAUUAUAAAUUCAUAGCAUGAACUUAGUUAAUUUGGUCAUGUUAAGAUGAAUCUUGGAGAACAGAAAACAAGUUUUUUUGGAGUCCCUUAAGUUAGCUGUCAGUACAAGAGUAUCCAGCACGGGUGAUUGAGGGGUUUUACUUCCCACUUGGUGGUAGCUGCCUUGCCACUCCAUUAUGGUGCUCCAUCCCCCUUGUGCUGUUAGGUUUUUACCUUUUCUCUUUGCCAUCAAUAUUUGUAUUCAAGAGUUGUAUUUAUAGGGUUAGAAAUUUCAAUAUUUGAUGUUUGGCAAACCUCUGAAGUACUACUAGUAUGAUUUAGUCUAGUUCUAAAUCAAGUACUUUAGGCUGUUAUGAACUCCAACCUGGCUGCCAGUCAAAGCCAAGGCCUGGGCCUCCCCCACUGGGAAUUCUCUGCCCUCUUAGGCCCUAUAAUGUACUUUGGUUAUAAAUUAACAUACAAUUGUGUGAUUUAUUGCCCUGCGGUACUAUUCUUGAAAGCUCUGUCCGUUUUUUUGUGAGAAUAUUUAAAAAUCUUCCUCAAUUUCUAUUUCUAGAAAUGUAAAAGAAAACACGUAACAGUGGACAUUUAUUACUUUUUAAAUGUCCUAGAAAAUUAAUACAGAAAAUAUAAAUAAUUGGUCAUUUAUAUUUUUUUAAAUAAACUGAAAGAUAAGGAACACAACACUUUUCACACUUUAUAUUUCUCUUACAUAAGUCUGGAAUCAUACACAGUUCUUUUCUUUUUAAAGCACAAUAUUGAAACCUUUAAAAGGUAUUAAGGGUUUGGUCAAGUGAAUACAAUAAAAUGUAUUUGUCUGUAUAAAAAGAAUAUGAAAUUGUAGUCACUGUUAUGUACUGACAUUAGUUAAACAGCCUAGUUUUAAUUCUUAAAAAUUUUUUGAUUAGCAAAGCUAAAAUGGAUGUUUCAGUUAAAUGUUUUAAAGAGGUACAGAUUUUUACAAGGACAUAAUAUAAGUUAUUGUUCUGUAGAAGUAUCCUAUUAAAUAUUGUAUGUCCCUCCCUCUGUAUACUUUGUAAAAAAAAGUAAAAUACAUAAAAAGAAAAUCAUAUAGGGAUGUGUGACAUUAUUGUAAUUGUGUACUUGAGAAUAACGUGCAAAAAUAAAAAUCAGAAUAUUUUCCUGUUAAUGAAUGUUUAGUUUAUUUGAUACCAGUACUAAGUUAAUGCUUUUUCUUAAGAAAAAAAUGUACAGUUUUUGUAAAGCCUAAUAAACAUCAAAAGCAGUGGA